AUGGCGGGAACACCGGAACAACAUAUCUGGAUGCUUAGAAAUAAGCUGCAAGACGCGAACAAAGCGGCGGAAGAUGAAAUGCGUCAAAAAACCGAGUUCAAAAACACAAACGAUCAGCUGAUGAAGCUACUCCGAACACAGAAGGAUGCGAUUACAAAACUCGAAAGGCAUGCCAAGAACUGCGAAAAGGCUACGAACAAAGCUCAGAAAGAAGCCAAAAACGCGAAAGGCCAUGCAGAUCACCUUGUCGGCAGCCAGAAGGGCCAGCUUAAGAAUGCGGAACGUAGGUACGAAACUGCGGCACGUGAUCUACAAGCGUGGAGGGAAAAAUAUGGGUGGUCCGUAGAAAAACCUGCCGAAGAGAAAGAUGCUCUUCAGGCGACCAUUUCCGAAUGGCAAUCAAAGGCACAAAAGGCUCAGAACCAAAUCGCUUCGUUGGAAGAGCUGGUCCAAGGGACACCGGAGCAGAUAGGACUCCAUCAAGCGUUGGAACAGUGGGAGGAGCACCAAGGCUGUUCAGAGGAAGUCGCAGAUCUUCAAGAUAAAGUUCAUGACGGGAAGCUGCUCAAGGAGAAGCUGGAGUCAGAUCUCAACACUAGCAGAGAGCGCCAUCAGAAAGCAAAGUCUGACAUCAAGGCUCUUCAAGUCAAGGCCCACCAGCUGGAACAGGCCAACCAAGCCUUGAAAGAUCAAGAUGGGACCCAGGACUACAUUCUGCACAUCCAGAACCUGGAAUCGGAUCUCAAAGCCAGCACAGAGCUACAUCAGAUUACAGAAGGGAACAUGAAAGCACUCCAAGAACAGUUGGUUCAACUAGAACAGGCCAACCAAGCCUUAAAAGAUCAAGAUGAGACCCAGGACUACAUUCUGCACAUCCAGAACCUGGAAUCGGAUUUCAGAGCCAGCGCAGAGCUACAUCAGAUUACAGAAGGGGACAUGAAAGCACUCCAAGAACAAGUGAUUCAGCUAGAACAGGCCAACCAGACCUUCCGAGAUCGAGAAAAGACCGACGUCGACAUGUUAGAUGACGACGUGCUAGACAGGGAGAAGCUGGAGUCAGACCUCAAAGCUUCCCAAGAGCAACACCAAGAAGCUGAGUCGGAGAUGAAGGCCCUUCAGGAAAAGGCUGAGCGACUAGAACAAGCCAACAAGGCCUUCGAAGAUCAAGAAAAGAGCCAUAACGAUAUGCUGCAAAAGCUGGAGUCGGAUCAGAAAGCUAGCAAGGAGCAACUUCAGGAAACAGGGUCGAACAUGAAGGCAGUCCAAGGACUGGCAGCUCAACUAGAUUCGGAGCUCAAAACCGCAAAAGAGCAACAUCAGUCAACAAAGUCAGACAUGGAGGCACUCCAAGGACUGGCAGAUCAGCUAGAUUCGCAGCUCGAAACCGCAAAAGAGCAACAUCAGUCAACAAAGUCAGACAUGGAGGCACUCCAAGGACUGGCAGAUCAACUAGAUUCGCAGCUCAAAUCCGCAAAAGAGCAACAUCAGUCAACAAAGUCAGACAAGGAAGCACUCCAGGGAUUGGCAGACCAACUACAGUCGGAGCUCGAAAUCGCAAAAGAGCAAAAUCAGGCAACAAAGUCAGACAAGGAAGCACUCCAAGGAUUGUCAGACCAACUAGAGUCGGAGCUCGAACUUGCAAAUGAGCAAAUUCAGGCAUUAAUAUCAGACAUGGAGGGACUCCAAGGAUUGUCAGACCUACUAGAGUCGGAGCUCAAAACUGCAAAAGAGGAACAUCAGACAACAAAAUCAGACAUGGAAGCACUCCAAGGAAAGGCAGAUCAGCUGGAGCAGGCCAAUCAAGAAUUCCAAGAAAAGGAAAAUAAGACAUUCCAGACCAAGAUCUCCGAGGAGAAAGUGCAGGGUUGGAAGAGAAACAGCGACUUAUCGGACGCAGUGCAGCGAGAUAUUGAAGAGCGUACGAGGUUGCUGCAAUCACAGAUUGGGACCCCCAUGGAAGCCGAACGUAGCCAGGUCACACCGCCCGCGUCACCAACGUACACAACAGAUGAGGGCAGUCUAGAUUUGGAGAAGACUCCCCGCGCUAAGAAAUCACUGCGUCAAGACCUUGGCUAUUCCUCUCGUGAUCAGAGCGACGAAUACCAGUCCGACGUUUCCAUGCCGCAGCAACAGGGUGUAAUGAUGUCGAAGCAAGCGGAGACAAGUGAAGAGAAGAAGGCAGCGGGUGCAGCAAACUGGGAGACGGACGGUUCAGAGGAUGUUGGAGAGCAUGCUAGAGGGAGCAUGCGUCGAAAGAUGAAGAAGCUACUGUCACUGGAGCGUCAAGCAAAGAACCUCGAGACACUUGAGAUGCGAGGAAAGGGACGAGCGAAGGAACAGUCAGAAGCCCUCGAGAGCCUAUUCGAAUGUACCCCAGCAAAGGCCGACGCCAUCGACCGACGCCUAAAGGCUCUAGGUCCAGGCUGCCGACUCUAUGAAGCACCAGCGCUCGUUGCAUACGAACUAUCGGGGAUACCGGAGGAUACCUACAAGGGGUUGGCAUCCGGCCAGCUUAUUGCGACGAUGCCGCUCAACGAGGUCAAAGACGUGGGAACGAACUCCGAUGUAUUUGCCGAUGAUAGAGCAACCGAUACCACGGACCUACUCGCCGAGGAAGUCGCAGUCCCUCUCCGUUCCGCCAAAGAUAUGGCGACAGACACCACGGACCUGCCUGUCAAGGAAGUCGCAGACCCUCUCCGUUCCGCCAAAGAUAUGGCAACAGACACCACGGACCUGCCCGUCAAGGAAGUCGCAGACCCUCUCCGUUCCGCCAAAGAUAUGGCGACAGACACUACGGACCUGCCCGUCAAGAAAGUCGCCGACUCUCUCCGUUCCGCCAAGGAUAUGGCGACAGACACUACGGACCUGCCUGUCAAGAAAGUCGCCGACUCUCUCCGUUCCGCCAAGGAUAUGGCGACAGACACCACGGACCUGCCCGUCAAGAAAGUCACGGUCACUCCGACUAGGUUCAGCAGUUGGGCCUUGUUCAUUUACGCUCUGAUGUCGUUGAUGAUCCUUUUCAGCUUGUUCUCCUUGUACUCGGGGCUGAAAUCCGAUCCCCAUUCCAAGAUCCAGCAUGGAAUCGUGUACAAAAAUGUAUACUCCCAUCGGUACACGCCAUUGCCAGCGCCUUCACGUCACGCUUCGACGCCUAUCACAUUCGUCUAUCCCCCAAUGCCGGCGCCGCAGCUUGGAUUGGCAAUGAUGAUGAAGGGGGGCUCGUUGGGUGGGGGAGUGAGGGGGUGGUAG